AUGGCAUGGCGGUCGAUGCUGGUUGUGUCGCCUCUAGCUGCACAGUGGGGCCAUAUUCAUUGGCAUUACUAUGAUGCGGCUAUGCCACUAUUCCACUGGCCGAGGUUUCGCAUCCACGUUACCGUGCGGAAAAAAUCCCACCCUCAAUUUUUGGGCUUACAAUAUCUAGAAUAUCCCAGAUCCAGUCUGUUGAUUUAA